UAAUUUACUCCGCAUCCCCGAUAUAAUGAUAUAAAGCGGUUCAACCAGCUAAUAGCAUGACCUACUGCGCACGCGUAGUAGAUAAGUUUCUGCCCCAGUGCCUAAGGUCUUAAGACGUGGCGUAAGUCCUUGGCCCCGUCCGGCUGCGAUCCUGGCAACUGCUCUUAAGCAGCCAUGUCCAUCAACAUGGAUGACACGAACGAGCUGACGCAUUUGACGCUGGAGAAGGAGGAACCAGCCAACGCGUACGAGACUUACGUCAUGCCGUGCGUUGCCGAGUUCGUCGGUCUCGUCAUCUUCGUCUUCAUCGGUACCAUGGUAACAGGUUACACAACAGCAGGGAGCAUGUGGCUGCUCGCCAUCGCCUUGGCGCACGGACUCACCAUAGCACUGCUGAUCGUCUCCAUUGGACACAUCAGUGGAGGGCACCUGAACCCAGCCGUGACCCUUGGGAUCACCCUCGCCGGUGGGGUCACCGUUCUGCAGGGCAUCUGUUACGUCAUCAGCCAGCUGCUGGGGGCCAUGGUGGGAGCAGCGUUUACCAGGGCCAUCAUGCCAAACGCAACGUACGCCGCCUGUUCCGGAGGAGCGCACGCUAUUGGCGGAGGGAUGUCCAUCACAGGAGCCAUCCUGUGUGAGUCCAUCCUCACCAUGAUCCUGGUCCUCACCGUCCUGCUGUCCGCUGUGGACUCCUCCACCACCGGAAAGGCACUCCCUCCGCUAGCCAUCGGUCUGGCCGUGGCGGUCGGCAUCAUGGCUGGAGGCCCGUUCUCCGGAGCGUCCAUGAACCCAGCCCGUGCGUUCGGCCCGGCGGUGGCGGCGGGGGUGUGGAAGAACCACUACGUCUGGUGGGCGGGACCAAUCAUAGGCGCUCUGGUGGCUGGGCUAAUCUACAGGGCUUUCCUGGCCAGUUCAGACCGACGGCUGAUCGCAGGGAACAGGAGAAAGUUCUACUGAUGACGACGAGAGACAUCACGAUCACAAGACUUCCCAGUAUCGGUCUACGAUUGACAAAACGGUGGCAGUUGGACUGAUAAUGUAUAGAGAACUAAUAAGAUAGCCAG